AUGGCAGAGGUGGACUUUGAAGAUGAUAUCGACGCUGAGACCCUCCAGGCCCAAGUCGACAUGUCCAUGGCCUUCACGCAGAAUUUGAUCUCGUCAUGGAUGAAAUCUAGCACGGCGCAGCUGCCUUCCUCGAGUUCUCGACGCGAUGAAGAGAGGGAACUGGAAGAGCAUAUGCGUCGACCGCCUAGGUUGGGUGUAGGGGCGACGCCCCCCGAGUCUAGCACCACGUUCAGCAGAGAUACUGCGCGCCUUAAGAAUAAGCUGACUGGACGUUCGGGGAAGAAACGCCAAAGAGAGGAAGAGAGGGACAUUGCAGCCGGUCCUUCAGACGACGAGGAUGAGAGCAGGGCCACUGCUAUCAAGAAGAAACCUAAGAUCGACCCGUUCGCGAGGCCCACGAAAACAAAGAAAGUUCACUCCGCCGACAUCGACGUAGCAAAAGCGCAGGAUACUGCUGAAGGCGAUGCCAAGUUGAAGCACGAUACGAAUGGACGUGCAGCGGAAAGUUCGAGCACUCCCACGCAGCACAGAGAGGAGCACCAUCAGUCAGAACAUGCAAGUGCACCUCCAUCACCAUCCUCUCCGAAGAAGAAGAAAAAGAAGAAAAAGAAGAAACGCAAGUACGAUGAAGAUGCAUCUGUGACGAUGCCAUCCGAUUCUCCUCCCGCUGAGAAAGCGGUCGAGCCUGCGACACCCCGCAAACCGACUGCGGAGAUUUCAUCAGAUACCAAGACAUCAUCGUUCUUUCAGCCUGCAAAGACAUCUACGCCGCCACCAUCUACCUCACCCUUAUCACCUAAGAAGACCUCAGAACAGACUGCCCAAUACCCUCCAGCUCCGUCAACACCACAGUCUAAACGGAAUGACACACUCGCAGUUCCUCUACUCAAUCUCCACGGCCCACCGUCGCAGGAAGUGGGUGAUCCCUCCUCAAGUUCCCCAAAGAAGAAGCGCAAACGGAAGAAUAAAAAGAAGAAAGUAGUGAAGGAACCGCUUGUGGAGCCUGAUGUUCCUGAGGAAUCUGAUUGA